UUAUUAAUGGAGAGCUUGUUUCCAAAAUGGGAUGUUGUAUUGUUGAUGAGAUGCUGAACAGCCACCAUUUAGAUAACAUUGAGAAUCAGUAAGCACGACCUGUGUCUGUUACAACACCAACAAACGUAAUUAUAAUUGAUUUUACUUUAUUUAAAUGCUCAUCCUCUCAUUGUGCAUAUCUCAUUUUGGAAAGAUGCUUUUUUUUUUACACUUUGUCUUCUUUAUUCAGCUGGGAAGGAUCUCCUCUUUCGCUUUAAUCCUUUUAUCUACCUCAAAUUUUCACUCCAUCGGUAGAGAGAUGGCAGUACACUUACUUAUGGCUGCUGCUCGUCCGGUCGGACAUUUGGACUCUCUCUCUAUGACAGCACUUCUUUUACAAGUUCUUCUUCUGGUUGGGGUCUAUCUUUUUUUCCCCCUGAAUUACUCUGAUCUCUGAACUUCUGUGUACUAAAGCAGAAACCAUCUUCAUGCCUGUCAAUGUGUCUAUUUGUAUAAAGAAAUUCAGUUUUCAUUACAAAAGUAAAAUACUACUGCGAGCAAGUUUGUAAAGUGAUUGUAAGAAAAGCCCCUUAAAUUAUCCACUUUGUCAUUAGCAUACAUAGACUUUAAAGAAAGGCUGAUCCAUUUGUUUUAGUAUCGCAGUAAUAAGUACUGCUGCAAUAACUCAAACUGGCCCCGUCCUCAUCAUCACCACUCACAUGUCUGCAUUUUUCACUGAAUGUCAUGCACUAAAUGUUGUCUCUUCAUCUUUUUUUCUACUUGUCUGUCCUUUGACCGUUCCCCUCCACAUGUCCGUCAUCCUACUCUUCUCCAUUUUGACGUCCUGCUCUUCUGCUUCCCUUCCCAUCCAUCUUACUCCUACGUUAACUUUCCCUCUCUGGCAUGCUACAUCAUCACAUUAAUAAUAACUUCUGUCUGAUAAACGAAAUAUCCAACCAUUAUUUAAAAUCCUGACCGUAUUGUAAAUGCCACCCCACACUCUACCCUAUUUUAUUGUCACCCUGAACCAUUCCUUCAUCCAAAUCCUCCCACCCAACCAUCUGUCCGCUGUCACAGAUUUGCGAAUGAAGGCCAGGCGAAGUAGUGUUCCUUCAUCCAGUUCUUUCCUCUGCCACAAAGCAAGCGAAUCAAAUGAAUACAAAGGUUCCAACAUGCACCACAGCAGCAGCAGCUCGUCAAUGAUGGCUGAAGAAGCGACCCGCGGUGUGGCUGUAGAAAAGCUAGAAACAGUGAAGAAGUGGGGUCUUAACACUUACAAGUGCACAAAACAAAUGAUCUCGGAGCGUUUCGGCCGUGGUUCCCGGACUGUGGACCUGGAGCUGGAGGCCCAGAUUGAGGUGCUGAGAGACACUAAAAGGAAAUAUGAGAAUGUGCUGCGAUUGGCCAGAGCGCUCACCAACCACUUCUACAACAUGGUGCAGACGCAGCACGCGCUGGGAGACACAUUCGCUGACCUCAGCCAGAAAUCUCCAGAGCUUAGGGAUGAAUUUGGCUACAAUGCAGAGACUCAGAAGUUGUUGUGUAAGAAUGGAGAGACUCUUCUUGGUGCCAUUAACUUCUUUGUGUCGAGCAUCAACACGUUGGUCAACAAGACCAUGGAGGACACCCUGAUGACCAUCAAGAUGUAUGAAAAUGCCAGACUGGAGUUUGAUGCCUACCGGUCAGAUCUGGAGGAGCUGAGUUUGGGCCCGAGGGACGCUGUGGCCAUGGCCCGCAUAGAUGCUGCUCAGCAACAGUACCAGGUCCAGAAGGACAAGUAUGAACGCCUCCGCUCAGAUGUCAUCAUUAAACUCAAGUUCCUGGAAGAGAAUAAGGUGAAGGUGAUGCACAAGCAGCUCCUUCUCUUCCAUAACGCCAUCUCAGCGUACUUUGCUGGCAACCAGGAGCAGCUGGAGCAGACGCUGAAGCAGUUCAACAUAAAGUUGAGGCCUCCAGGGGCCGACAAGCCCUCCUGGUUAGAGGAGCAGUGAGCAGCCUUUCUUCUAGACCACCUCCACCUGUUACCUGUUGAAACCCCCUUACUUACAGAGGGAAACACAUGCAGAUAAAUGAGAGGAUGACGAUGAGCAUGUGGCUAGAUGAUUGGACAGAUGAAGGAGGAUUGGACUGAUGAAAUGCAGGGUAUUACUGACGAGUGGGCUAAAUGCAGCUGGAAACCAAGUGGCCAGAUUCAUGAACAGUCUGGGGGCUUUUAGUGCCUCUCCCCAAACUUCCUAUUUGUCACUCUGAACCUCUUCGAGCUUUGAACCCAGAGAAACCAUUCAUCUCUACCUUCCCUCCCUCCUAAUUAACUCUCCCCCCCCCCCCCCCCCCCCUUCUAUCUCAACACUAUUUUGCCGUGUGAGCUUGUUUCAGUCACGUUCACAGUCAUUACUGUACUCCAUGAGUGUUCACAGUGCUCUGAGUUAAACCUCAACCAAACAUGUUCUUGUGACCACAGAUGGAGAAGAGAAAGGAAAACUGGCGACACAGUUAAAACCUGCUCAGAUGUACCAAAACACUACUUCCAAAACUCCUCCAGACAUUAUCACUCUUCCAGUGUGCCUCCUCAUGUAAGAGCUAGUUUACUUAGAUUGCGGCCUGCAGGAAGAAAAGUACGAUCAGACAAACAUUUCAAACCAUUAAUGAAGGGCAUUUGUGCGGUACACUGGAAUGGAAUGUCUAGAAAUCAAUCAAUGUACAUUUCAAAUUAAGUAAUGUGUCACUUUGAAAUAACUGUUAUAUUUUUGUGUUUAAUUAUGAGAAUAUUAUUUUAUUCUGUUCUUAAUUUGACUCUCAUCUCUGAAAGUUUAUGCUUUUUUUUAGUUCUAGUCAGAUGUUUGUCUUGUGCUUAAGAGUGGAGUGCAGUUUACUGUUUAGGCAACAUGUGCUGGUGUUUUACACUCCAGGUACCGCAGUGCUUAGUCUGUAGUCAUUAGAAAUGCUACAGAUUUGAAAUCGUAGCCGGAAAAAUCUGACUCUUUAUGCAAUGAUCAUAUAAGGAACACUGCCACAGCUUCACAAACUAACACAGGUUUGGGUCUUAAGUUAUUUUUUUUAAGCUAAUUUAGCCCCCAAAAUGGAAAAAAAAAAGCUGUUUAUAGGAAGCUUAACCCAUGCUACAAGUUCAUUGAUGAUCUGGGUUUCACUGUGAACUGAGGAGACGGUUAUCUACUGAAGAUAGGUAGGGCUGUUAAGAUCCAACAAACUUGAAUGGAUUGGAAUCAAUUAAUUAUUGAAUUGUUGCGUGAUGACAUUGACAUGUGUUUUUGUCUUUUUUCAUUUGUUUAUCUUUUAGAGUUAAUAAGGAACAUUUCAUUGACAUCCAGGUUCAAAUCUUUCAGUCCUCCUAAAAUAAUAUGCUUGUCUAAGAUGAUCUUUCUUCACACUGAAGAUUAUAUAGUAGUUGCCUAAUAUUACUAAUCCUAAUAAUUCAACAUCAAAUCUUGUAAAUGAGUAGUUUGGGAAUGGGAUAACACUAAUAAUACAUGAUUGUUUAGAUCUUGUGAAAUGUCAUCUGAAGAUACUGGUAGAACACAAUCAUCAACACUUGACAAUAAGGGGACGGUGUUACCACAGAAUAUCUCCAUGGUACUACCUACGUAAUGUUCAAUUUAAUCAUCACUGUUUUUAUAUGUUUCUGUGUGUUAACCAGGUGGAGUCAACAUAUUGUACACUGAAAUGUAUGAUUGGUUUUUGCUUUUUUACAAAUUACUCAAUUUGAGUAUGACAUAACUGAGUUCAGCAGAAGACACACUUAGGUGAAAACAUGCCUCAGGAUAACUGUAUCUUUAAUGGAUAUCUUUCCAAAAAUGAUUUUAAAUGAACUGAUUAAAGAGUGUUAGCGUUUACUAGUGUUGAACAUCUGAAGAUAAAUGAAGAUAAUCCAGGUCAUUGAAUGUUCAAUCAUGCUGAAUUGGACUCAUGAGAGCAUCUGGAAACAGAACGGAGAGCUCUAUCAAUUCAUGAGUUAGUCCUCCUGCUUAUUGUCUCCUGUAUUUGCAUGGCAGGCAGCGUUCCAAAGUACAUGUGCAGAUAUGUGUGAAUGCACUGUCGCUCUACUCUUGGCCUUCUGCGUCCUGGUUCGUACAUGAUGCUUAAAAGUUUCUUGAUUUCAAGUUUAAGACUGGCUGACACACUAUAGAAGACAAUGAAAUGAAAAUGGAUCUCAGAAAUUACUGUAAUUCUUUGAUUUGUUUGACUUGUGUUUAUUGGACUUGUAUGUACCAGUGUGUAAAAUGAGUGUAUUUUAAUUCCAGCUGAGAAAGUCACUCAGUCACUUGGCUUUACAUAGAGCAAUGAUUUGCCAGUUUGUGGUCCUUUUGACCACCACACAGCAAUAUAAAAAGAAAAAUGUGACUCCUCUUUUCCAAACCUGCUCCUUUGAAAUUCACCAAAAUAUAUGGCAAUAGGAUUUUUUUUUCUUGUUCUGUAGAUGUGAAACCUCCAGUUAAUUGGAAAAAAAAUAACAUUUACUUGUGGCAUUUAAAGCCACUCUUACUAGUCUAGCCUUUACGUUGUUGCCUAGAGAGAACCAAGAUUUAUAAAAUGAGAUAUAUUGUUUGUGUACAAUCAAUGUUUUCUAGGCUGAGCUGAUGUAUUGUACUCAAUGAAUGACUGCACAUAAUGAUAUUUAAGGUGAUAAAUGAAGUCUUGUCAUGGA